AUCCAAUUUCCUCUAUAAAUACCAAUCUGAAUUCAUUUUCUUUGAAUCUCCUUGAGUCAUUCUCAGUUCAGACUCCAUUUCAGAGCCUAAAAAGGGAAAGGAAAAACAAAAAGAGAGAGAAAUUUUAGUAUACUUGAACAAGAACCAUAAACAAGAAGAAGAAGAAGAAGAAGAAGAAGAAGAAGAAAAAGAAGAAGAAGAAGAAGAAAAAGAAGAAGAAGAAGAAGAAGAAGAAGAAGAAGAAGAUUUUAGUGAUUAUUAAUUAUUAUUGAAUUGAAAAUCAAUAAUAACAAUAAUAAUGGGGAGAGCUCCUUGCUGUGAGAAAAUGGGGUUGAAGAAAGGUCCUUGGUCUCCUGAAGAAGACAGAAUUUUAACCAAUUUUAUUCAAAAUCAUGGCCAUAGCAAUUGGCGAGCUCUUCCUAAACAAGCUGGUCUUUUAAGAUGUGGAAAAAGCUGCAGACUUCGUUGGACAAAUUAUUUGAGACCUGAUAUUAAGAGAGGCAACUUCACCAAAGAAGAAGAAGAUGCCAUUAUUAACCUACACGAAUUGCUUGGCAAUAGAUGGUCAGCAAUAGCAGCCAAGUUGCCGGGUCGAACUGACAAUGAAAUCAAGAAUGUUUGGCACACACACUUGAAGAAAAGGCUGGAAAAAAAUGUAAUUAAAAAAGCAACAGCUGCAAAAUUAUCUGAAAACAAAAGAAAAAAACAAAUAAAACCAUCAAAUUCUUCUUCAUCCAUUAUUAUUGAUAGUACAAAUCAAACCCAAGUUCCCAAUUAUUCCUCAACAACAAUGUCCCCUUCUUCACAACAAUCUUCAAGUUGUGAGAUCUCUUCAUCACUCACAGAUCAUACUUACAUAACUGAAAAUGAGUACUACAGCUACACGGCCGAGGACGCCAUGCCGCCAAUUGACGAGAGCUUUUGGUCCGAGGUGGUCGAUAAUUCGAUGACGAAUUCCAAUUCCAAUUCAGAUUCGAGUUCAAAUUCGAAUUAUGAUAGUGAAGAGAAAAUGGAGGAAUUCCCACCGGUGUCCAUGGAUAUGAUGGAAACAGAUUCGGAUAAGAGAUUACACGGUCAAUGUGUUGUUGAUGAUGACAUGGAAUUUUGGUACAAUGUUUUUGUCAAAGCUGGAGAAAUUUCUGAAUUGCCAGAAUUUUGAAGAUCUUUGGAACUAUUCCCAUAUCAAUGGAAAUUCAAAUGUUUUCCUCAUUUUAGUUGAUAAAAUCAACGCCUCUAAUUAUUCAGAGAAUAAUUCACUAAAGGAUGAAGAUUAUUUGGAUAUCUGGAUUGUGGAGAGAAUUAUUGAGGGGAAAAUUAUGAAAAAAUCGAAAGAAAAAUUGAGAGAAAUUUGGAGAUUAUUGUGUGAAUCUGAAAGAGGUAGUCGUAAAUGAGUGAUGAAGAGAGAAAAAAGAAUGAAUUUGAGAUUUAUUUGCGGCUUUGGAUUGGAAUUUGUAUAUUCUUUUUCAAGUGAAAGAAAUUAUAAAAAAACAAAAAUUCUUUA